AUGGAGAGCAUAGCCACUCGUUGCCCGUCGAGGCGCUUAGAGGAUCUUCAGGUCUCGAGCAAUGGCCCAGGGAAGUACUCGAUCAUUCUCUCGGAGUCUACGGCAGGCUGUCCGUCUCAUCAGGCCGGAUCUGAUUUGAAUUCGCAUGCGGGGAAGGUGGCGAUUGUGGAAAGGUCCGACGAUGAUCAUGAAGGCCAGUACAGGGCGUACGAUGCCUAG